AUGAAGAGAGGCUGCCUGGACAAGUGCGAAGUGGGCGUGGGGAGAGUCUGGGGGCUGGACAGGUUUGACUUUCUUGUCUCUGAAGCACGCAGCCUCCCUAUUUUCCUGGGCGCCAAGUCCCGGGAGGCCGCGGUAGAGCGCAGAGCGCGUGUGCUCCGGGUAGGGGGAAGGGCAGGUGGGAGAGGCGGGGCCUCGGGCUGGGCGGGAGCUGGGCCUCCGGCCGCGGGCGGGGCUCCUCCGGCGGGGCGCGGGAGUCUGGGGGACCCGCUUCCCCCUCUCCGCCCGCGGAGGCGCCUGGCCCCUCCUCCCCCCGCCGCCCCCACUCUUGCCGCGGCUGUCAGAGAUAAACCGAGCGGUUGCCUGCAGGAGCAGCAGCAGUGGGCGAUCCGGCCGCGAAGAGCCCCAGGCGCGGCCUCGCCUCCCCGGCCUGGCUCGCCGGUCAGUACCGCGGACAGCACAGCGCGCCUCGGCGGGACCUCGCUGCCUGACCGCCCACCAGUGCGUCUGAGCCCCGGCCUGCGGCGUCUGUAUCAGCACCGCGGACAGCGCCCCGGGCCCCACCUGGCCGCGGCCCCUGGCCCACCACUCCCCGCGUCAGCACCGUGGACAGUCCCCUCCCUCGCCCUCCUGGCUGCGGGCUGCAAGCUGGAACAUGGCCACCGAGAGAGCAGAACCUUAGCCUGUGCCUCCUUUCUGUCUUCUCAGGUUCACAAUCUGCAGGAGCUCCGGCGAAGUGCCUCCUUGGCCACCAAAGUCUUUAUCCAAAGAGACUAUAGUGAAGGCACCAUCUGUCAGUUCCAGACCAAAUUCCCCCCAGAACUGGACAGCCGGAUCGAGCGACAGCUCUUUGAGGAGACCGUGAAGACCCUCAACAGCUUCUAUGCAGAGGCGGAGAAGAUUGGGGGCAGCUCCUACCUCGAGGGCUGCCUGGCCUGUGCCACAGCCUACUUCAUCUUCCUCUGCAUGGAGACCCACUAUGAAAAGGUUCUCAAGAAGAUCUCUCGCUACAUCCAGGAGCAGAAUGAGAAGGUCUUUGCUCCUCGAGGCCUCCUGCUCACAGACCCAGUGGAGCGUGGGAUGAGGGUCAUCGAGAUCUCCAUCUACGAGGACCGCUGCAGCAGUGGCAGCUCCAGCAGCGGCAGCAGCAGCGGCAGCGGAGGAAGCAGCAGUGGCGGGGGUGGCGGGGCAGGGGCCCGGUGA